CAAAUCGUCAUCGCUGCAACAGGGUUCAUGCGAAAUCAGGCUCAGAUGAGGGAAACGAGACAGGCUCCAGGAGGGAAAUGAGUAGGCUAUUAAACAUCUAGCCACUUAUUGUGAAGCCAGAAAUGCAAAUCUGAGCUCUGUGCGACUUCUAGCUUGGUUAUUGCAAACCUGUCUUGAUCGCUAGUACGUAUAGGCUAGUUAGAGUAGCUAAUGUUAAAUAGUGUUGCUGAAACAAAGCGAUAGGCUACUAUCAAGCCAGCUAACUGUCUACAUCUGCUGCUUGGCUGGUGAAAACUCAACGUUUUCGAUUCGAUUGUUAAAAAAAUGGCACAGAAGGGAGACUUGCCUCCACCCUCUGUACAAUGGGCAUCAGAUAGUCACCCUGUGGUGUCAUUCCUCAUGUCAGCUCUCAACUCAAUGUGCAUGGAGCUGGCCAAGUCAAGCGUAGAGGUAGCCUGCCUAGCUGUCUUCAACAAGGAAGUGUUUGUGGUGGGGACAGAGCGAGGCAAAGGAUAUGCAAACAUUAGGCUGGACUUCCAGAGAGACUUUGCCACAUACUGUGUUUCUGAGGAGGAGAAACAUAAUGACCAACAUAGGAGUAAAGACCUUUGUUAUCAACAUGCUUCAGACAAGCUAAACAGGGAUAAACUGAAAAUGGCAGUGGAGGACCUCUUCUCCUCAUGUUACGGAAAAGCUUUAGGGAAGUCUAGAUUGGUGGCUGUGCCGUACGCCAAGAUUCUCGAGGACCCCUCCGAUGUGGAAGUGAAAGGUCUUCCUGAGGGAAUCAUUUUACAGGAGCCUGGAAAUUACGACACAUCGACUUUAAUGAAAAUUCUGGAAAAUAAGCUCCACAUUAGCUUUGUUUUGAGAAGGCCAGUUUUGGGAAAAAGAAAGCUGAAAGGAAAGGAUACCAGUCAGGCAGUGAAGCGUGAAAACAGUUCAUCAGAUUGCUUUGUAACUGUACAAGUGAAAUCAGAACCACAUGAAAACCAAGAGGAAUCAGAGAUGGUAGUUAUGUCUGUGAAAGAAGAACGUGAUGACCCUCAGUAUCCCCUGAAAAGCAGUCAUUGUGUUGGGGAAGCAAGAGAGGACACCGCAAAGUUAUUUCCAAGAGAAGUCUACCAGUCUGUUGUGCAUGGCUCAGGUCCAUCAGCCGUUGCAGAAAUAAGGGAGGAUCCUGAGGUAGAGGUGACCAUUGAAGCUUCUGCAGCCUGUUGGUCAAGAGCAGGGAUCGACCUGGCCCUUGGCCCUGGCAGGAAGCUGCCUGAUCUAACCCUGCAACCACAGUUCCGCAGCAGGAACACCCAGUGCAGCACCAAGUGGGGCAUGACCGUCCUGCGCAAGUGGUACCAGAACCGCUUCCAGCGGCCGGCCACCGCCAUCGACCUGAUGUCCCCGGCAGAGCUUGACGAAAUCCUAUGUGAGUUCUACCUCAACGCUAAGACCUGCAAGAAGGACCCCUACACCAAAAACUCCCUGAAUGCCAUUCGCAGGAGCAUCAGUCGUUGCCUGCGUGGGCCUCCCCUACGCCGUCCAAUCAACAUCCUCAGCGAUUUCCAGUUCCCUGCCUCCAACCGUACCUACCGAGAGGUCUGCAGCACCCUGGAAAUGGAGGGCAAGGCUAUAACCAAGCACAUGGUCCCCAUAGCUGCGGAGGACCUGCUGAAGCUGUACCAGAGCAGUGCACUAAGGACCAGCUCUCCCCAGACCCUCCUUAACAAAGUCUGGUUUGACAUCAUGUUCUUCCUGGUGCGAGAUGGUGGAGGGGGUCGCUACACCCAACGGGAACUCACAAGAGAGUCAUUCAGCUUUAGCAUUGACGAGCACGGCAGAGAGUUUGUGUCUGCAGUUCAAAAUGAGCGGAGGAUGUACGCCCUGCCUGGAGAUCCACGCUGCCCGGUUUCGGCCUUCCAGCUCUACCUCUCCAAACUCAACCCCUCCAGCAAUGCCCUAUUCCAGCACCCCAUCCCUCACCCUUCCACAGACAUAUGGUACAGCACCAAGCCAGUUGGAGUUAAUGUUUUAGGCAGCAUGAUGUCCAAGCUGUCAAAAGAAGCUCAACUUUCUUUCAUCUACUCUAACCACAGUAUUAGAAUGACCCAAAUUUCACUGCUACAAGGACUUUUGCAGUCGCAAAGGACAAAGGUCUCUUCGCUGUCAUUGAAAAAGCAAUGGUAAACAGUGCCUGAGAUAGUGUUUGUGUGAUUUCUGUGCAAAUGAACAACAUUUUCUGUGUAAUUUGUAAUGCUGUGCUGUGUCAUUCAGUUACAGGACAAUGCACUUACUCUACGCUCAAGUGUUAAGUCUUCUUUCUCAAGUAACUGUAUUGUGACUGAUCCCCAUCUGUUCAGCUUAAUGAUCUUAUAGAAUCAGAAAGGACAUACUGUAGUCAGUAUGUGAUCUCAUACACAUCCUCGAGCCUUUUUCAUAGUCAAAAAUAUAUAGGAUCCUGCAACCCUCUAUUCAGAUUAGCCCUUUGCAUUUCAUGGCCUACAUUUAUGUGAAAAUGUCUAAUAUCAAACGGUAGACCCGUCCACCUGAUGCUGGCUAGCUGAUAUGUGAUUACAGGGUGUGCGGUUGUGAGAUAGAGCUAAUGUCACAUCUGACAGUGAAGUGUCCAAGGAUGACAGAAACAAAUGGGUCUUGACCAGGGAUCAAAAUGGAAUUUCUCACAUGGGCUCAACACCUGUGAGAGGUCCUGAGGCCUGAAAGGGAUGGUUGAUGAACAGUGAGGCCACAAAAUUCUUCAUGUGCCUGUUAUACCUCUUGAACGGUAUGGUAAACUGCUGUAUUUGGCACACAUACUGUAUGUGAAUUCGGUAAAAAGCAUUAGGUAAAGAAAACAGUAUAUUGCUUACUUUUAUAUUCAGAAAUGCAUUUGAUUUGAAAUGUGUCUUUUUAUACAUUAUUCAUUUGAUACAGUUGGCUCUUUCAUUUUAAUAACUGGAAUCUGAAAUGUAUUUUAUUGUAUAAUGUAUUUAUGUGAGGCUUAACAUAACACACUCAACAAGAAAGAAGUGAUGUUGGACAGUUGUCCUUAUCCAAUCCAAUCCAAUCCAUGGCUGUUGUUUGAACAUGACAUGCUGUACCAUGUGUUACUUACUCUGUACUGAAUAUUGACAAAGUACAAGGUUAAUUGUGAGUUAGAAU